AUGCAGAAGUGUCCUCACGAUGCAGAAGUGGUCCUCACGAUGCAGAAGUGUCCUCACGAUGUAGAAGUGGUCCUCACGAUGCAGAACGAUGCAGAAGUGGUCCUCACGAUGCAGAAGUGGUCCUCACGAUGCAGAAGUGUCCUCACGAUGCAGAAGUGUCCUCACGAUGCAGAAGUGGUCCUCACGAUGCAGAAGUGUCCUCACGAUGCAGAAGUGGUCCUCACGAUGCAGAAGUGUCCUCACGAUGCAGAAGUGGUCCUCACGAUGCAGAAGUGUCCUCACGAUGUAGAAGUGUCCUCACGAUGCAGAACGAUGCAGAAGUGGUCCUCACGAUGCAGAAGUGUCCUCACGAUGCAGAAGUGGUCCUCACGAUGUAGAAGUGUCCUCACGAUGCAGAAGUGGUCCUCACGAUGCAGAAGUGUCCUCACGAUGCAGAAGUGGUCCUCACGAUGCAGAAGUGUCCUCACGAUGCAGAAGUGGUCCUCACGAUGCAGAAGUGUCCUCACUGGUGUUUUCAAGCUGCAUCACAUCGAUUCUCUGCUUCUCAUCUCAGCCUCAUUUAUUCUUAAAACAGGAAAUGCAAAAUGUGGCGCUCGCAUAAAGACGAUAAACCGUGUUUGUGUUGCAGCCGCGGGUCAGAACCCGGACCACGUGCUGCAGGGGACAGGGGUGAAACCCGAGGCUCGUCGGCCCGGCGAGGACUCCACCGUUGCGCCCGAGGAUGCCGCUCGCUUCCUCAACUGCUACUGCUCCGGACACUGUCCCGAGGACGCCACCAACAACACCUGCCAGACCAACGGUCAGUGUUUCGCCAUCAUCGAGGAGGACGAGCACGGAGAGGACAUCCUCACCUCCGGCUGCAUGAAGUAUGAAGGCUCACACUUCCAGUGCAAGGACUCUCCGAACGCUCAGACCAGGAGGACGAUCGAGUGCUGCAACACCGACUUCUGCAACAGAGACCUGCAGCCCACGCUGCCCCCUCAGCCCCCCCCUGAAGGCAGCCCCCACUGGCUGGCGUUCCUCAUCUCCAUGACGGUCUGCUGCUGCACUCUGAUCUGUGUCACCGUCGUGUGCUACUACAGGUAUAAGUGGCAGAGUGAGCGCCAGCGGUAUCACAAAGAUCUGGAGCAGGAAGUCUUCAUCCCCGCUGGAGAGUCGCUCAAAGACCUCAUCCACCAAUCACAGAGCUCCGGCAGCGGCUCGGGGCUCCCCCUGCUGGUGCAGCGGACCAUCGCCAAGCAGAUCCAGAUGGUGCGUCAGAUCGGCAAAGGGAGGUACGGCGAGGUGUGGCUCGGCCGCUGGCGAGGAGAGAAGGUGGCCGUCAAAGUCUUCUUCACCCGAGAGGAAGCCAGCUGGUUCAGGGAGACGGAGAUCUACCAGACGGUCCUGAUGCGACACGAGAACAUCCUGGGCUUCAUCGCGGCCGACAUUAAAGGCACCGGCGCCUUCACGCAGCUCUUCCUCAUCACCGACUACCACGAGAACGGCUCGCUGUACGACUUCCUGAAGCUGAGCACGCUGGACACGCAGACGCUGCUGCGGCUGGCGUACUCCGCCGCCUGCGGCCUGUGCCACCUGCACACCGAGAUCUACGGCACGCAGGGUAAACCCGCCAUCGCCCACCGAGACCUGAAGAGCAAGAACAUCCUGAUCAAGAAGAACGGCGCCUGCUGCAUCGCCGACCUCGGCCUCGCCGUCAAGUUCAACAGCGACACUAACGAGGUGGACGUCCCUCUGAGCACGCGGGUCGGGACGCGGCGCUACAUGGCGCCCGAGGUGCUGGACGAGAGCCUCAACAAGAACCACUUCCAGGCGUACAUCAUGGCCGACAUGUACAGCUACGGCCUCGUCAUCUGGGAGAUGGCCCGACGCUGCGUCACCGGAGGUAUCGUGGAGGACUACCAGCUGCCGUACUGCGAGAUGGUUCCGUCCGACCCGUCGUAUGAAGACAUGCUGGAGGUGGUUUGUGUUAAAGGACUCCGGCCCACCGUGUCCAACCGCUGGAACAGUGACGAGUGUCUUCGGGCCAUGCUGAAGCUGAUGUCAGAGUGCUGGGCUCCUAACCCGGCCUCCCGCCUCACCAUCCUCAGAGUGAAGAAGACGCUCGCCAAGAUGGUGGAGUCGCAGGACAUUAAGAUCUGACCUCCUCUUCCUCCUCGUCUUCCUCUUCCCACCUGAACCCCUGAAGCUCAGUGCAUCUCUCUUCAUCAGGAGGAAGAGGAGAGAUAAUAAUGGACCCAUUUCAGGGCUGAACUCUACGUCUCCUCCAUCUGUCUGGAAACAAACAUGGAGUCCUUCCUCCUCCUCCUCUUUCUGCCGGGUUUGACGCUUUCCGUGAAAGCCAAACGAGACGAUGAAGAUAAUUUGAUGGCGGGGGAAACGAUGCUCGUUGUGAAUGAACAGAUCUUUUUCUUUUUUUAAACUCGCGUCGCCUUCCUUCACUUCUGCCUGUCGUUACGUCUCUUCAGGACAGUUCUCCUGCCAUACUGAAAUAUAUCCACUGUAAGAAAGUUAAUCAUAAGGUACGAUUAUAAUAUGUGACUUUAACGUGUAAAUAAGUUAUCAGAUGCUACUCGAGGAUCUAAAGAAAACACUGCAGUGGUGUUGACGUCCAGCCGACUCCAGGAGACGUCUCCCGUCCUGUCUGUCCACUUCCUGUCUGUCUACUUCCUGUCUGUCCGUCCACUUCCUGUCUGUCUGUCUGUCCACUUCCUGUCUGUCCAGCUGCUCUGGUGGAACAAAGACACCGGAUUGGUCGAGUUAAACUUCAGUGGGAGGAGCCAAAAGGACCUGCCAGUUUAUUUUUUAAUGGCGCAGUGAAUUAAAUUUAAAGGUAUAAUAUGUAAGUUUUCUGCUUUAACGUGUUAAAAACAACUCGCCCUUUGAUACAUGUACAGGUUGUGUGCUUACAUUAUCCCAAAUGUUUAAUUUAAUCACGUAGCGAUGUGUUCUAUAAGAGUAUUAACACAAUACAGAUGUUCCAGGAAGAAACUCAGAAUAUAAGUGUUUCAUUUACAAGAAGAAAACGAAUAGAAAUAAAGCUUCUUCCUCCAGGAGAAGAUCAGAACUUUGGCCCCUCCCACUCAGGAUUUUCAAAAUAAGAUUCCAUGUUUCUGCGUUGUCUGUUUCCAUUAGGAAUAUUAGCUUAGCAAAGACGAAGCAUAAGAACAGUUCAUAUUUAAGAGCAGUAACUUUGUUUCUCUGUAAUAAAUAUAGAUUAAUGUCUAAUCUGUAAAUCUUUCAUGUUGGUUCGGUGCCUUGAGUUCACCAAGGAAAUGAAACUCUGUAUACAGUCUGUCCAAUGUAACGAUUUUUAAGUAAAUAACCUUAUUUUAGUACACAAA